UCGCAGGUGUGCGCGGGAACCAGAAAACAUGACGUCACUCUCUCACACCGACGGUCGUCUGCUGAAGGCUGAUACGAUAUUAGAACGCCAAAGGUUCAAUAUAUUCAUCUUUUCAUUUCUGCAACGUGUCGCCACUGGCUGGAGCAGUGGCAUUUCCCUGGAUUUAACUAUGUCGCUGACGAGAUUUGACCAUACUCAAAUAUUAUUCUAAUGGAGGUUUUCAGAUCAUUCUGGUGCUCAAGUUAUCUUUAAAAGUGAUAGUAACCACCACCGCCAUGCCGCUGAGACUCAAAGGAAUAAAAGGCUCAUCGAGUCGGGUCUUCCUUGCCAUUCUCUACACAUCCAUCCUCUGGUUUGCUCUCGAUGUGCUCUUCCUUGUCAUGUAUUCCUCGCUGUCCGAGGACAACGAUCGUUCAACGCAUAAACUCCCCACAAACGACGGACACCAGCGAAACGCGCGGGGUGAGGAACCACUGUACGCGCUCUCAGGAGAAGCUGCGUUGGACAGUCAGCUUCGGAAGGACAUCGUGCGCCAUGCAAUCAAAACCCCAUCUGACGCGGAGAGAAUGUUGGGUGCGCGUGAGGGACAGGGGCAGCGGAAACCAAGCAGAUUCUCGUGGGGGAAAGACUUGAAAAAUAAACUCUUACAUUCCAAUACAUCAAAAGAACAUUUGCAGCUGAGUAAAGACGAUAAGGUCGGCGACUCCCUUGAAAAGAAACUCCUGGAAGUCAGAGGAGAGAUGCUAAAGGAGAUCGAAUCCCUUAAGAAAGAGCUGGACCAAGCUCGAAAACACGAAAAGGGGAGCAGCGAAAAGGUCCAGAAUGAGAGAUCAUCGAAAAAUGAAUUGAAACCCAAUGACAUCCGUCCAAAGUCAGACCAAAAUACCAGUAUUGAUAAUAAACGUAAUACCCAGAAGGACACGGAAAAAUCUAGAGAAGAAAAUAAUGUAGCGCAAAACAAAUUAGUAUCGACUGCUAAACCGGGCAAGCACCUUGUCCGCAAUAUCGAUGUCACCUCCAAACCGCGUGAUCCCUAUGGUCCCGGUGAAAAUGGCAUUGGGGUCAAGACCAAACCGGAAGAGAAGGAGAAGGUCAAGAUAGGUUGGGAGCAUGCGUACUUCAACGAGUACGUCAGUGACAUGAUCUCGGUGGAGCGGUCACUCCCGGACGUCAGGCCAGAUUUGUGCAAAACGAAGGAGUAUUCCAACGACCUCCCCAAGACCAGCGUCAUCAUCUGUUUCACGGAGGAGUCGUGGUCCACCCUCUUACGGACCGUCCAUAGCGUGCUCAAUCGAUCUCCGCCAGAGCUCAUCGCCGAGGUCCUCCUGGUCGAUGACUUCAGUCAAAGAGAAUACCUCAAGGAACCACUUGACAAGUACAUGAAGAGAUUUCCAAAGGUAAAGAUCGUUCGCCUCGGCCAGCGUGAAGGCCUGAUACGCGCCCGGAUAAUCGGGGCGGAGAUGGCCGAGGGACCGGUCCUAACCUUCCUCGACUCGCACGUCGAGUGCAACGUCGGCUGGCUCGAGCCGCUUUUACAGCGUAUCCACGACGACAAGACCAACGUAGUAUGCCCAUCCAUCGACGCCAUCGACGAAACCACGUUCGGCUAUUCGGACUCGGGACAAGGAAUCAUUGGUGCUUUUAAUUGGGAAAUGAGAUUCAUUUGGAAUGCCAUGCCCGAUUAUGAGGCGAGGAGGAGAGAGGACCAAUCAUGGCCAAUCAGAUCACCAGCGAUGGCGGGUGGUCUGUUCUCAAUCGAUAAGAGUUUCUUCUACAAUAUAGGCACCUACGACCCCGGCUUCGAUAUCUGGGGAGCUGAGAACCUCGAACUCUCCUUUAAGAUCUGGAUGUGUGGCGGCACCCUAGAAAUCCAUCCUUGUUCUCGCGUGGCGCAUAUAUUCAGGAAGAAACAGCCUUAUAAAUUCCCAGGAGGAAAUUUGAAAACAUACAAGCGUAACACCAUGCGCCUGGUGGAAGUGUGGGUGGACGAGCCGUAUAAGCAGAUCUUCUACUCCAACAGACCUGAGCUGAUCGGACAGGAGUACGGCGAUGUGUCCGAUCGAAUAACGCUACGCAAAGACCUCCAAUGCCACGACUUCAAGUGGUACCUGGACAACGUUUUUCCCGCCUUAAGAAUCCCGGAUACAAACGUGCGUGCAAGAGGAGAGGUCAAGAAUGCUUUAACCUUGAUGUGCCUUGAUUCCAUGGGAAAGGGGGUUCUGGGAAUGUUUCCUUGUCAUGGAGAAGGAAAUAACCAGCAUUUCACUUUAACGUGGGACGAUGCUUUGGAACAUAAAGGUCAAUGUCUGACCAAGACUCCAUUUCCCGGUCGGGUCCGGAUGGCCAAUUGCCAGAAGACGAGUUCUCUUCACCUUGUACAUACUAAGGGAGGAACCAUACAAGACUCUGGUACUGGGAAGUGCCUUGACGUUAGCACGGAUCAUACCAUGGCUGUGUUCAACCAUUGUACAGGGACCUUGGCACAGAAAUGGAGCUUUUCACGGUACUACAACAGAAAAGGGCACGCGCUUCCUUGAGGGUCCGCUGGGGAAGUGUUCACUCGAUUUUUUAAAAACCGUAUCCCAGUCCGACCAAAGAUGUAAUCAUAUUGAUAAUAAUAAU